AUGAACUCCACCCUGUUCUUUAGGUUUCUUCUUGGUUUUUCUUUCUUUUUCUUUUUCUCCCUUUUCUCUUUUUCCCCCUUUUCUCUUUUUCCCCCUUUUCUCUUUUUCCCCCUUUUCCCUUCUCUUCCUUCCCCCCUUCUCUUCUCUUCCUCUUUUUUCCUCUUCUUUUCUCUUUAUUUUUUUUCUUUUAAUUUUUUAAUUAUUUUUCAUGUUCUUUCUUUUACUUGCUUGGUUACACUAACAGAAUCAGGCAUUCCUGAGAAGUGCACAAUAUUUUUGUGCUUGAAGAAACUUGAACAAGGUUUUUUCUUUUUUUUUUUUUCCUUUUUGAUCAAUUUUUCUUCAUUUUUCUUCUCUUUUUUUCCCCUCCCCCCACAAUUACUCUUUUCUUUAUUUAUUUACCAUAUUAUUACUUUUAUUAAUUUUUUUUUUUUAGUAUUUGUUUUUCUUCCUUUUUAUUUCCUUUUUUCUUUUUUCUUUUUAUUUUUGCAACAAAUCAUUAUCAUACGUCAUGGUACUUCUUACCACUUGCUGAAAAAAAAAUUAUUGAGCAGAAGUAGUAACAUUCAGUUUCUCUUUCUAUCUCUCUCUCUCAGUCCUUUUCACAUCUCACUCUCUCUCUCUCUCUCUGUCCUUUUCACAUCUAUCUCUCUCUCUCUCUCAGUCCUUUUCACGUCUCUCUCUCUCAGUCCUUUUCACGUCUCUCUCUCUCAGUCCUUUUCACGUCUCUCUCUCUCAGUCCUUUUCACGUCUCUCUCUCAUCCUUUUCACAUCUAUCUAUCUAUCUAUCUAUCUCAGUCCUUUUCACAUCUAUCUAUCUCAGUCCUUUUCACAUCUAUCUAUCUCAGUCCUUUUCACAUCUAUCUAUCUCAGUCCUUUUCACAUCUAUCUAUCUCAGUCCUUUUCACAUCUAUCUAUCUCAGUCCUUUUCACAUCUAUCUAUCUAUCUAUCUAUCUAUCUCAGUCCUUUUCACAGCUAUCUCUCUAUCUAUCUAUCUCAGUCCUUUUCACAUCUAUCUAUCUAUCUAUCUCUCUAUCUAUCUAUCUAUCUCAGUCCUUUUCACAUCUAUCUAUCUAAAUCCUUUUCACAUCUAUCUCUCUCAGUCCUUUUCACAUCUAUCUAUCUAUCUAUCUAUCUAUCUAUCUAUCUAUCUAUCUAUCUAUCUCAGUCCUUUUCACAUCUAUCUCUCUAAAUCCUUUUCACAUCUAUCUAUCUAUCUCUCUAAAUCCUUUUCACAUCUAUCUAUCUAUCUAUCUCAGUCCUUUUCACAUCUAUCUAUCUCUCUAUCUAUCUAUCUAUCUAUCUAUCUAUCUAUCUCAGUCCUUUUCACAUCUAUCUAUCUCUCUAUCUAUCUAUCUAUCUAUCUAUCUAUCUCAGUCCUUUUUACAUCUAUCUAUCUCAGUCCUUUUCACAUCUAUCUAUCUAUCUCUCUAUCUAUCUAUCUAUCUCAGUCCUUUUCACAUCUAUCUAUCUAUAUCUAUCUAUCUCAGUCCUUUUCACAUCUAUCUAUCUAUCUAUCUAUCUCAGUCCUUUUCACAUCUAUCUAUCUAUCUAUCUAUCUCUCUCAGUACUUUUCACAUCUAUCUAUCUUCAUCAGCUGCUCAACCAUCAAGUUAACUUAUAUGCUGGUCCUGCCUUGGUUUUUCUUUUUACUCAUUCUUACCUUUCUACCAUUCCUCUAUUCUUUUCUGAUUAUGUCCUGUAUUCUUUUUACUUCUUUGUUCUUGUCCCAUAUUGCCUUCACUCAUUUCUACCUCUCUGCUGCCAUCCCGUCCCUCUCAUUUCAUAUUGUUUUCACUCGCUCCUACCCCUCAGGUCCCGUCCCGUAUUGUCUUCACUCGCUCCUACCCCUCUGGUCCCGUCCCGUAUUGUCUUCACUCGCUCCUACCCCUCUGGUCCCGUCCAGUAUUGUCUUCACUCGCUCCUACCCCUCUGGUCCCGUCCUGUAUUGUCUUCACUCGCUCCUACCCCUCUGGUCCCGUCCCGUAUUGUCUUCACUCGCUCCUACCUCUCAGGUCCCGUCCCGUAUUGUCUUCACUCGCUCCUACCCCUCUGGUCCCGUCCCGUAUUGUCUUCACUUCGCUCCCUACCCCCUGGUCCCGUCCCGUAUUGUCUUCACUGCGCUCCUACCUCUCAGGUCCGUCCCGUAUUGUCUUCACUUUCGCUCCCUACCCCUCUGGUCCCGUCCUGUAUUGUCUUCACUCGCUCCUACCCCUCUGGUCCCGUCCGUAUUGUCUUCCUCGCUCCCUACCCCUCUGGUCCCGUCCCGUGUUGUCUUCACUCGCUCCUACCCCUCUGGUCCCGUCCCGUAUUGUCUUCACUCGCUCCCUACCCCUCUGGUCCCGUCCGUAUUGUCUUCACUGCUCCUACCCCUCUGGUCCCGUCCGUAUUGUCUUCACUCGCUCCUACCCCUCUGGUUUAGUCCCGUAUUGUCUUCCUCGCUCCUACCCCUCUGGUCACGUCCCGUAUUGUCUUCACUCGCUCCUACCCCUCAGGUCCCGUCCCCAUAUUGUCUUCACUCGCUCCUACCCCUCUGGUCCCGUCCCGUAUUGUCUUCACUCGCUCCUACCCCUCUGGUCCCGUCCCGUAUUGUCUUCACUCGCUCCUACCCCUCUGGUCCCGUCCCGUAUUGUCUUCACUCACUCCUACCUUUCAGGUCCCGUCCCGUAUUGUCUUCACUCGCUCUUACCUCUUAG